UUCGUCACGCGACAACCGUAUAGUGUAUAAUAUUGGUACGCGCGACGACGACGUCACCCGCGCACACGUCGCCGACGUUAGACUCGCGUCCCGUUCAAUAAUAACAAUUUUCCGUUCGCGGUUCUGCAAUUUAUAAAAUAUAUAUAUAUAUUGAUUUACUCGGUAUUGCCGGCCGUCAGUCGUCAAGACGCACGCGACCGGCUACACAACAGCACGUUUAUUUCGGUAUCAUAUUUUAUUAUUAUUUAUAAUAUUAUAUUAUAAAUAAUAAUAAAAUAACAACAAUAUCGCCGUCCGUCGGGUACGUCUGUACGUUUCCGCCGUCGAGUGGCACACUAUAAUAUAACCACUGUAUACACGCGCACGUGGUAUACCAUUAUAUGCCCCGCACUUUACACGAUUCGUUUUUAAUGGGAUCGCAAUAGCCGUCCGUCAGUGUCGCUCCCGCAGCCACCAAUUAUGUCGACUCGGGCCCGUGAUGUGACAUCCCUCGCUGAUGUUCGGCGUUCGUCGAGAGCAGCCCAUUUCACGUACGUGUUCUACUGCGUGUUCCAGCUUGCCAUUUUGGGAACAGUAGCAUCCAAAAUUGAUGGAGGAUGGGACACGGAGCCAAACACACAAUACCAUAUACAGACGGACGAGGGGCCCGAAAGGUAUUUCAAGUAUCAAACCAUUAGUGGUCAGUACCGUAAAGAGAGGCGACUACAAGAUGGAAGUGUGGUCGGAACUUACGGCUGGGUAGACGCAGAUGGGUAUUUGAGGCUUAACGACUACGUAGCCGAUUCGAAGGGUUACAGAAUAGUGAAGAACAAGAAGCUGUUCGUCGGCACCCAGACGCCCGUCGGACAGGCCGUUUCGGUGGCCAAGUACACGGCACCGGUGGCUGGCACGGCCGUUUCGGCGUCACCGUACCGGUCGGCCACGGCCACGGUCGUUAACCGGCCGGCGGCUGUCGUAGCGAUCACCCCAGCGCCGCCCAGGGAAUCGUCGUGGCGCGGCUCGCCGUUCGUGUAUCCGUCCGACACUCAAUCGUCGCCACUGCGAUUCCCCGCGGGUGGUUCGCCACCGCGUUCAGUGGCGUCACAGUUCCGGCGGCCGCAGCCGAGCAGCACACCGUCGCCCGCCGCCGAAUACUAUUCCGUGCGGCCGGUGGACGUCAACUCGAUCGCGGCCACCGGCGAUAGCGGCGACGGCGACGAGGACGCGCGACGGCCUUACCGACGACGGUCGUCCUCGUCCACCACGGUCACGGCCUCGGCGUCCACGGCCGCGGAACACCAGCCGCUGUACGAACAACCGUUGCGGCCGCACACGUUCCGGCCGGCGUACCGGAAGGUGGUGGACUUGUCGGCCGGGACCACGCCGGGACCGCCGACGGAACAGUCCGAGUACGACGGCGUGUCGUUCGUCCGGAACGGCUUCAAGUACUACCUGCCCCGGCACUACCACGAGGAACAGUCGGACGACGCGGGCGACACGCGCGCCGGCAGCUUCGGUUACGUGGACCCGUUCGGCAUCAGGCGGGUGGUCUACUACAACACGGCGCCCGGCACUGGGUUCGUGCACCGCAAGAACAACCGUUACGUGGGCCUGGACGCCGAGCCCUACGACCCGCGCCCGUCCCAGUGAUCUACGUCCACGUAGGUCCGGUCCGGUCCGAUCAAUAGGUCGUCGCCGGGUUAGGUGGUGUCUGCACGUAAUACGCGUGUAUAAUACUAUUAUACAGCAGAACCGUAACAAACCAUAAUCACGCAGCCGCGAGCCGGGGGACGCGCGCGCAUAAAAUAAUAUUGUAGUCGUGUGACCAGUGGCGUGUUUGGACCUAGGCACACAUGUCCAACUCGAGGGGGCGCCGGGGCUUUUAUAGUUGCAUUAAAAAAAAAAAAAAAUACCGGACAAUUAUUUUCAUUUUUUUUUUUUUUUUUAUUUAAAGUAUAUUUAUGUUGAAAAUAAUUUGACUUUAAAUACGGAAAAAAUAUUUCAUAGCGUCAAAUUCUUUCUCACUACCACUAUAUAUUUUAAUAGUUUAAUCUCUGCGUUUAAGGAGACCCCUAUACUUCCUAUAGGCCUUAGGGCCAAUACGUUUCAUAAUACGCCACUGGUUAUAUACACCGUUGCGUCAUACACAUAAUAUAUACGUAUAUAAUGUCGUAUAGACGAUGACGGUUGUAUUAUUAUUACUAUUAUGCACACGAGCCAUAACACAAAGUUUAGUUUAAGAGUACGCUUUCCUCCGGUGCAGCGACGCUCGUAGGUACCUAAGUAGUUGUAAUGAUGAUUAGUGUUAAUGUUUUAUUUUUUUCUCUCCUCUUAUUACUAUUUUCUUUUGUCGCCUAUAUAAUAAUAAUAAUGAUUUAGAACUUAACUAUAGACGUAGCGCGUCGUUAUAUAUAGAAAAACUCGCAAUUUAUUAGAAUAUUAUACUACACACUCGGAGACUAUAGGUGGGCGUGCGUUACGACUAGAGACUUGAUGCGGACCGCACAGUAAAAUACGUAAUAUUAUGUGUAUAAUUAUUUUCAAUACAUCGCCAUUAUAAAAAAAAAAUAAUGUCACCGUUCUUAACGGUGGUGAUAACCAGUAUAGGCUGAGUUUAGACUAUAUAAGCACUAAUCAAAGUGCAGGAUAGUAAUUUAUUUUAACUAUUAUAAUAGGUGUUGCAGCGCGCAGUGUUGUAUUAAUAAAAUGAGUAGAUGAAACAGAUUGACCGCCGAUGACGAUAUUUAUAAUAUUUUGUCAGUUGCUGAGAGUCAAAAAUCGUUCUAAGGAAUUAUUUUAUGAUUUCGAAUAAAACAAUUCUUUUGUUUUAUUGAUAAAAAUAUUGAUACAAUAUCCGUAGUGUAUCUGAAUGGUCCUAAAUACAUCACUGGAACGUUGCGGCACGUAUUUUUGCAUAAAAUAAUUCAAGUAUUUUCAUCAAUCAAACGUUAAUACGAAUUACAUAUUUAAGUCUCUUUUUAUAACUAUGCCUCAAUCUCGUUUAUGUGUGCACAGCUAGUCAAAAUGAGUAUAACUUUAAUUUUAUUUAUUAAUUAAACGAUCAAUGUAUUUUAAUAUCUGUUUUUCGAGGCUACUAUUUUAUACCGUAGAUCCGCCGCAUCGCCUGAUCAGAAUUAUCGCGUAUAAUCAUAUUUGGUACUCCCAAAUACUAGGUAAUAGGUAUUAUCUAUUCGAGUUAAUGUAUAUUUUUUUUUUAACUAUAAUGAUACAUUGUCAAAACAGUUCUCGUCCGGUCUAAGCGGACUUGAAACAAUAGAAUCACCAAUGUUGAAACCUGUGAAUGUAAUAGGUACGAAUCUCACAGAUUGCACAACUACGGGUGAUUAUUAUAGCCAUUGUGUACCACAGCCAAUAAAUCUAUACUCCAUUGUCUUCAAUCGGCAACUGUUUGCCAUAGUAAAUUACACUUAUUAUAUAGUAUUAUUUUAGAAAUUCUUGUAAAAAUGUGCCACGCAAGCGUGCUCAAUGUUGAGCAAAUAUUAAUUUAUUUUAUACGUUUAAUUAAAUAGUUAUUGAAUUAUACUAAUAUGUUACUAAUAUACGUACAAAUCAGCGUU